CUAUGUUUGUCUGAUUUGUCAGCUUUCACUUUCACUUUGGACCAUUCCUAAAUUGAGAAUAAUCUGAGAAAAGGUUAACUUGUUUGUAUAUAAAGGCAUUUUGGAUGUAUGUGUGUAUUUUUUCUGCACAGAUGUGAACCAUGAUAAAAUGCCUUUCUAGGUCAAAAGUUGAAAAUGAAUAGUUUAGUAUAGGGAAGUUUGCUGCUGUUGUGGUGGUCAUCUUUGUUGUCUCUUUUAGAAACUUACCUAAGGGAUUAAGAAUAAGAAUGGAUGUAACAUGUGCUUGUAUACACUGGUAACUAAUUCUGACUCACUGCUUUACUUGAACCAGCCCACCUGUUUGAAGCCAGUGUGUUUGUCAGGGGGUCCAAAUUUCGGUUUUUUAAUUGCUUUCUCCCCCAUGCUAUAAAUAUGCAGAAACAGGGGAGUAGCACUAAUUUUCUACUUCACCAUUUAUAAGAAACAUGUAAGUUGGGUGGAUGGCCAAGUCUGUUAGCUAUAGGUGAUUGUGAGAAUGUUCUUUAUGAGAUCGUGAACAGUUUUUUUCUUUCAUGCUAUCCGUGCAUGGCCAUAUUAUGUCCUCAUUGAUCUUAUAACCCUCCGAGCCUUCUCACUUGAGGGUCACAGGUGAAGCCAUUUGCAGAUAUACACAGGUAGUUUAUUGCCACCUCAAUCAAUGGCAUAUCUCUGUGGUCAAGUUCAGUCCAGCACCGCAGUGGUGAUAGCUCGAGCUUAUUUGUCAAGUGAGUGAAUGCAGAGUGAUAUAAUGCUGGCUGGUUAGGUGAUAGGUUUAUGUUAACAAGCUUUCUGUGGGUCAGGUGUGUUUGUCGUAUGGGAAGGGGCUGCACAGGUAAACUAGGUCAGGCCUGGUUUCUGGCCUAAAUCCCAAACCAUCUAGUAAACACUUGACGCAAUCUUCCCGUAUAAAACUCUUGAUGAGUCCAUGAAUGGUUACUUCAGAAGAACUUUUUCACCUGGCUCGUUAGCUCAGGUAGACUGUGCGUUCACGCAGGGUUUUAGUGGCAGGUUAACCUUCUUCCGUUUAGGGUCAUUGUUCUGUCAACUGCAGACAGUACAUUUGUGUGGCCUGAUGAGGUACACUUAUAAAGUCUCUAUCCCUCAUGGAUGUAUUGAUAAUAUAUCACCUGUUGGUGUCACACAGCUGAAGACGUGCCACGUCGUGCCACCUUUGCAUUGAAGAGUGAAUAGUUGGAUUUGAGCGCCUUUGCCAUGCCUCUCCUGGAGUCCGAUGUGAGGGAUGUAAACAUGGCGGGUGACCUUGACAUUGAGCCAAGGACACGUACAGGGUCGGGGGCCAGUGGGCUCAAGUCUCUGAUUCCAGGAAAGUUACGCACCAGAAGUAAAUCAGGUGACGAACAAGCCAACGUAGUCAACAAAAAUAACAACGCAUCACCGUCUACGUCCAAGAUGAAGAGCUUCUUUGAUUCUUUUAGGCCACGUUCUAAGUCGGAUUUAUCCGGAGUGAAAAAACCAAAGAAAUCUGCCGGUCGCGAUAUAGCGAGUGGCGACCGUCCAAGCAUGGACAGGUCAAUGGACGAAUCGCAGUUACUUGCUGCAACGAGGACAGGUUUUGGUGAACAGACCAGCCCAUUGGGGCCAGGUCAACCUUCUGGAAAGGUCACUCCAAGGUCACCACCCACAAUGCCACAAGGCACAACACCAAUGGGACAGAUACUAGAGGGACAAAUGUACAAAAAUAAGGAUAACAUAGCGGACAGUAAAAAUAAAUUAACAACGCCGAGUCCUGUAGGAAAGUUCAUGAAUACUUUCCGAGCGCGUUCGAAUUCGGAUUCCAAGGCCAAACGACCGGAAAGGCCAAAGGUUAUCAUGCAGAGAAGCCUUAGUCCCCCAACAACCCCAACAAUGGACGGUUACCGUCAAGGAAUGCAAUCCUUGAGGCUGUCCCCACAUGACCCCAGCAAGCCAGGGUCACCACGGGGGUUUUUUGCCAACGAUCAUUUACACGCCAUCAUCUACAAGUCUGAUCUUCAUAGGGUACAUUCCGAGUCUGAUAAAGACCAGUCUAUGGAAAUAGAAGACUUGGAUGAAAAUCAGGAUCAAGUUUUCGCAAAAUUUAUGAAAGCUCACAAGUGCUAUGACCUCAUUCCCACUAGUGCUAAGCUUGUUAUAUUUGAUACCCAGUUAAACGUUAAGAAAGCCUUUUUUGCCCUCGUUUACAAUGGUGUAAGAGCGGCACCUCUCUGGGAUAGUGCAAAACAGAAUUAUGAGGGUAUGCUGACGAUCACAGAUUUUAUCAAUAUCCUACAGAAGUACUACAAGUCUCCAAUGGUAAAAAUGGACGAGCUGGAAGAACACAAGAUUCAAACCUGGCGGGAGGUGCUGAAGGACAAACACCGGCCAUUUGUGUGUAUAGACCCCGAUGCCAGUCUGUUUGAGGCCAUUAGGAAGUUGAUACAAAACCAUGUCCACAGGCUGCCUGUGGUGGAUCGCAUCACCGGUAACGCCAUCUACGUCUUGACGCAUAAGAGGAUCCUGCGCUUCCUCUAUCUCUAUAUUAAAGAACUGCCCAGCCCCAGUUUCAUGAAGCAGACCUUGAAGGAGCUUGGCAUAGGAACAUAUGAUAACAUUGUGACGACGACACCCGACACGCCCAUCAUCAAGGCACUGAAUCUGUUUGUUGAUCAUCGGGUGUCUGCAUUGCCUGUUGUGGACAGUCAGAACAAAGUGGUGGAUAUCUACGCGAAAUUUGAUGUCAUUAAUCUGGCAGCAGAAAAAAGCUACAACAACCUUGAUGUGACGAUAAAACAGGCCCUGGCCCACAGGAGUUGUAACCCAAACACUAGCUUUGAAGGUGUGGCCAAAUGCAAGUCAACAGAUUCGUUAGCAGCUGUGAUGGAGAGGAUAGUCAAAGCUGAGGUGCAUCGCCUAGUGGUGACGGAUGAGGAGAGUCGUGUUGUGGGCAUCGUGUCUUUGUCAGAUCUGCUCUCGCACCUAGUACUUAAACCUAUGGGUGUGGAUGUGCAGAAGAAGAAUUAAUCCAGGCACCACGUAUAGCCUGUCUUUAGUGAAUCUGACCCCCAGGGAAAGGCAAAGUGAGGAACGUGAACAAGGAAUAAGAAAGACAAGCUGACUGUAUGGUGAAUUGCCCUUUCCUGUAGCCUAGCUGGUUCUGUACAAAUCGAGAUUGAAUGUCUACCAUUACAAGCUCUUUAACUGGGCUGUCAGAGAUAUUCUGCUCCUCAGAGUGUGAGCAAGAUCAGCGACUUUGCCAGUUUCUGUAUGAAGAUUGGGUUAAAAGGGGGACAGUGAGUCCCAGUUUUCCCUGGCGCCAAAGAGUGUUGGCUGAUCAGGUUGUCUCCCCUGAUGGUCUGUAUGUGGUGGUGUUGUUGUAGUAGCAGCGUUAGUGAAGAAGACAACAGAUUGUAUUUACUGUAGUCGGGAAUUCUGCAUGUGGUACAGUGCUGUGUCAAGAGUAGGACCUUGACACUGAAGAGGCUACUGACCACCAGAUAGAUCCCUUGUAUACAAAAGUGUUAGCAUUUAGUGUAGCAUUCUACAAAUUGCAUUACCAGGAAAAUGUGACAAUCUGUAAUUUGCCUUUUUUUGUUACUGUUGAUUUUUUUUUUUUAAUUUGCUAAGAAUUUUGCAAAUUAAAGAAUUUUGUUAAGAAUGCGAUAUUCCUGUUCACCCAUAUGAGCUUGAGUAACGAUUGUUUUUUUUGU